ACACUGUACUACCCUCACAUCCGUCCAUCCCUCCAUUCACGGAUCUCGUUUCUCUCUCUUACUCGCCAUGGACUCUCUCACUCUACUCUGCACCGCCUCCCUCCUCGCCGGCGGCCUCUACUGGUUUCUCUGCAUCCUCGGAUCCGCCGAGCAGAAAGGCAAACGCGCCGCCCAGCUCUCCGGCGGCUCAAUCGCCAAGGAGAAAGUCCGCGACACCUACAAGCAGUACUGGUCCUUCUUCCGCCGCCCCAAGGAAAUCGAGACCGCCGAUAAGGUCCCCGCAUUCGUAGACACCUUCUACAACCUCGUCACCGACAUUUACGAGUGGGGAUGGGGCCAAUCCUUCCACUUCUCCCCUUCCAUCCCCGGAAAAUCGCACCGUGAGGCCACGCGCCUCCACGAGGUUAUGGCGGUCGAUCUGCUCGAUUUAAAGCCCGGGGCCCGAAUCCUCGACGCCGGCUGCGGAGUCGGGGGCCCGAUGCGGGCAAUCGCCGCCCACUCCGGCGCAAACGUCGUCGGAAUCACCAUCAACGAGUACCAAGUAAAUCGGGCCCGAAUGCACAACAAAAAGGCUGGGCUGGACAAACAGUGCGAGGUCGUGUGCGGUAACUUCCUCCAGAUGCCCUUCGCCAGCGACUCCUUCGACGGCGCGUACUCGAUCGAGGCCACGUGCCACGCGCCGAAGCUGGAGGAGGUGUACAGCGAGAUCUACAGAGUUCUCAAGCCUGGUUCGCUCUACGUCUCCUACGAGUGGGUGACCACUGAGCUCUACCGCGGCGACAAUCCUGAGCACGUCGAGGUCAUCCAAGGGAUCGAGAGAGGCGACGCGCUGCCAGGCCUGCGUAGCUACAAGGACAUCUCCGAGGUCGCGAAGAAGGUCGGAUUCGAAAUCCUGAACGAGAAGGACCUUGCGAAGCCUCCUUCGAAUCCAUGGUGGACUCGUCUGAAGAUGGGGAGGAUUGCUUACUGGAGGAACCACAUUCUGGUGACUGUUCUGGCCUGGCUAGGGAUUGCUCCUAAAGGCGUGGUCGACGUGCACGAGAUGCUGUUCGUCACCGCCGAUUACCUAACCAGAGGCGGGGAGACAGGGAUCUUCACUCCGAUGCACAUGAUUCUCUGCAGAAAGCCUGACUGUAAGUCAUCUGAUUCAUCCAGUUUCUGAUGAUUUUAGCAGAUAAUUUCUGAUGAUGUGCUGUAACUUGCAAGCCAUGGCAUGAGUUGAUUAUCACUUAGUUGAUUUGAUUUCUCUGUUGCCUCUUUAUCCUGUUGUUUAUUGGAUUCAAUUUAGCACCUUUAAUGAAUUAAUUUUGUGUUCUUCCUUUCUUGUUUUCCUUUUUUUCUGAUUUGGCUGCCAUUGUUGUAGAAGAAUAUGCUCAAAUGUUUGGUAAUGAUGCUCUUUUGGCUGUGGUUAA